GCGGCGCCGCGGUGCAUUGUGGGAGAUAAAGAAUGAUGGCGAGGAGUGAGCGCUCAGCCCCAUCAGCUCUGCUCUCUGCAACAUGUUUGUUUUUAUUAUCUCUUCUCCUUCAAGCAUGUCCGACCACCUCAGAGGAGCUGCAGUGGGACGAGCAGGGAUAUGUGCUGUACUGUCCGUGCAUGGGUCGCUUCGGGAACCAGGCGGACCACUUCCUGGGGUCUCUGGCCUUUGCUAAGAUGCUAAACCGGACCCUGGCAGUCCCUCCCUGGAUCGUGUACCGCCACCACACGCCCCCAUACACCAACGUCCACGUCCCCUACAGAGAGUUCUUCCAGCUGGAGGCUCUGUCAGUGUUCCACCGCGUGGUCAGUCUGGAGGACUUCAUGGAGCAGCUGGCUCCCAAACACUGGCCUUUAGGAGAGAGGAGAGCGUACUGCUUUGAGACUGCCGCUCAGAGGAGUGCAGAUAAGAAGUCCUGCCCCAUGAAGGACGGGAAUCCGUUCGGUCCGUUCUGGGACUAUGUGGGUGUGAGUUUCGACAGGUCUGUGCUGUUUGGUGGGAUUUCUUUCAGUGCGUACCAUCAGCCUCAGUGGAUGAAGAAGUUUCCUCCCUUGGAGCACCCUGUGCUGGCCAUGCCCGGCGCUCCAGCUCAGUUCCCGGUGAUGGAGGAGCACCUGGGUCUGCAGCGUUACGUGGUGUGGUCUGAGAAGAUGAAGAGUGAAGGCGAGGAGCAUAUCUCCAACCUGCUGAUCAGACCUUACAUCGGGAUCCACCUGAGGAUCGGCAUCGACUGGCAAAAUGCCUGUAAGAUGUUGAAGAGCGGGGACACUGGUCCUCACUUCAUGGCGUCUCCUCAGUGUGUAGGUUAUAACCGUCAGACUGCCUUGACCCUCACCAUGAACAUGUGCCUCCCUGACCUGGCAGAGAUCCGCAGAGCCGUGAAGCUGUGGGUGAAGAAGUAUUCAGCUCGCUCAGUCUACAUUGCCACCGACUCUGAGUCCCACAGCAGAGACAUCGAGAAGCUUUUCAAGGGCAAGGUGAAUGUGGUGACUCUCCAGCCGGACUCAGCUCAGAUGGAUCUGUUCAUCUUAGGACAAGCUGACCACUUCAUUGGGAACUGCGUCUCCUCGUUCUCCGCCUUUGUGAAGAGAGAGCGGGAUGUCCACCGUCUCCCGUCCUCCUUCUUUGGCAUGGACAAACCUGGGAAAGUAAACCCUAAAGAGGAACUCUGAGCGGGGUCACAGGGGGGUUUUCUGGAUGCUGAAUCUGCUAGAUGUGUUAGAUGUGACAGGUGGCCCAUCACUAGACUUUUAUCCCAUGAGAGAAGAAAGGGCUCAUGUGACAGGAUGUAGCAGGUCUGUGGUGAAGUAUACUUGAACUGUGUUAAUUUGGACACUGCUGCUACCAUGAACACUGUUUUAUCUCCUUCCUGAACACAAUGUGCUUCUAUCUGCUGUUCAUUAAAUUAAGACAGUCUUUCUGAAGGAGACACGGCAAGAUCUCCUGAGAUUUCCUUCAUCUGCUGCCGUGUCUGUAUCUUGUAUCUGUGACCAUGUUAGCAGGAGCUGUGGUGCCUUCACUGAAAAACAUGAUCGUGUUCUCCUCCCUCUUUCUGUUCUCUCCUCCUUGUCUCUCCUCCUCUCUCUCCUCCCUUCCCUCCGUCCUCAGAGAGCAGGGAGACUGUUCCUCUGAGGUCUGAUGAGAGGGAGCACAAAGAGACGCUCUCUCUGCCAGGACCAAAACUGAUGAAAUGUGUGUGUAUGGAAUAUGUAACAGGAGUGAGGUUAGUGAAUGCUAACAAAGGUAUCAGGGAUGUUUGCAGCGGUUGAUUUGCACUGGUUGAACUGAUGAUGUGGGGACAUGAAGGCUGUGAUUGUGUACUUUUAUAAGAUUUUUUUCACUAAUAAAAAGACAGUGAUUUACACAGCA